AUGACAUCAUUGGGGAGAAAAGGCAACAGGAAAAUAGCAGAACAAGCAUUUUCCCAGCCGUGGUUCUGGACCCCAGACCAGACCAAGACUCUGUGGUCGCGGAGGCAAGGUCACACACUCUACCCUUGGCAGGCUGCAGUGUGCGGAGCUUUUGCAGGGGCGAUAGCGGCAUUUGUUACCACUCCACUUGACGUGGCGAAGACCAGGAUCAUGCUUGCGAAGGCUGGGUCGACCACAGCGAGAGGCAACAUCCCGACCGUGCUCUACGACGUGUGGAAGAGCCGAGGCCUCACAGGUCUGUUUGCGGGCACCAUACCGAGGAUGGCCUUCAUCAGCGUGGGCGGGUUCAUCUUCCUGGGAGCCUAUGAGAAGGUCCGUUGCACUUUGCUCUGACCGUCAGUCAAGAGUUUCCGUUGAAAGCAUCGCUGGAAGUAGCACCCUCGUCUCCUGGAGGGGCCCUACCCCACCCCACUGUGCCUCCAUGAUGCUGCCCCCCCCCCCCCCCUCCACCUGAGAAGCAAGGAACACCCGGUGCUCGGGGCAAGAGUCGGCCACGAGCGCGAUCGCGUUACCCAGCAUUCCUGCUCACCAGUGCCCUGCAGAUUGAGCCUGACAGCUUCAGUCCUUCUUGUUUAACAGCAGCAGUGGUUUGGAGAAACGAGGCCACACCCGGAGCACUGAGGGAUCUCUACUGUUUAAUGAGUGUGUGAAUGAAUGAGUUAUGUUUUUAAAGAUCUGAUGAUUCCUCUAGUUCCCCGUGGGCGGCUCGCUGUACUUUCUACGUUGGUUCAGGAUUAUUUUAGUGUUUUAUCCAUAUUUUGUCUUCUCCAUGAAGUCAAACCUCCUGUUAAAUACACGCCUGGGAGAGACAGUGAUGUCUCACCAUUGCUACAUUCCCACUGGAGCAACACUGAGCUCAUCCAUCUGCAGCAGCUCUCGGUUUGUACUGAAGAUGACUCCAACAAUAGACCACUCUGUUCAAUUAACAAGGCUCUGGUUUUUAUUAGGAGUCUCAGGUGUCCUCCGCCAGCCUGUGUAUUACAGUCUGAGAUAUAUUUAUCUUAUUUAUUGAGAAAUAUUAUCAGGCGACUGGAAAGAAUUAUGUACUCGUUUGUUUUUAUGAUGUUAGAGCUAAUUUCUAUCAAAUAAAUGGUGACUGAUUCUUCAUAUGAAAAAUAAACAUGUCUCCAUACUGCUCCUGUGGUGUCAUCCAAGUGUCCCUAAGCCCCGACAUGCAAAUUCAACCAGAAAUGGGGUCAUUAACACAGUUUUAGCCUAAAUGUCCUUGUCCUGUGAUCAACGUGUGAACGCAGCUCCAGAGCAGGAUAUCACUGUAAAUGAAGGGUUGGCUCUAAAAAAAACUGCUGCUAUGAGGCAGAGGAAAAGAUCAAUUUCAGUCAAUUACACAGCUAUUUCAUAUAGAUCACUUGUCAGAUUUUGAUCCAGGUUUGGCAGAUUUAAUAAAAUAAAACUAUUCACUAA